AUGACGAAGACAAUGACAAUGAAGAAGAAGACAAUGACAACGAACAAGAAGACGAUGAAGAAGAGGAAGAAGAUGACGACAAAGAAAGCGACGACAAAGAAGAAGACGAUGAUGAAGAUGAAGAAAACGACGAUGAAGAAAACGAUGACGACGAAGAUGACGACAAAGAACAAGACGACAACGAAGAAUAAGAAGAGGACGAUGACGAAGAAGACAAUGACGAAGACGAUGACGAUGAAGAAGAAGAUGAUGAAGAAGAUGAAGAAGACAACGACAACAAAGAAGACGACGAAGAAGAUGACGAUGAAGAAGAAGAUGACGAUGAAGAAGAU